AUCAUGAACACCAACGUGUGCGUGGAGAGCGGCCCAAACCCCGAGGCGCCGGGGCUGCCCAAGGACAGCCACCUGCCCGAGGGAGCCCUCAACAGCCUUGUGGAUUACAACUCGGAGAUGGAGAGGUACCGCUCGUUCGCCACCUUCUACAAGACCAACGGUGGUGCGUUCCCGCAGGCGGCCAAGAUCGCGCGUAUCACCACCCCCAUCUUCCCCAGCGCCGCCGCCGCCGCAGCCGCCCGCAUCGGCAUGUCCCCCUGGAACUGCGACACCGCCACGGCCGCCGCUGCCACCGCCAUGCUCUGGGGCAGCAGCAGCGGCGGCGGCGGCGGCGGCGGCGCGGCGGGCGGCGCGAGGAAGCCCUCCUCCGCCGCCGCCGCCUCCGCCUCCGCGGCCGCCGCCUCCUCGCUGCACGCCGGCAGGGGCGGCAUGCACCACCGGAGCGACUCGCAGCGGCUGGGGAAGCCCGGCUGCCCGCCGGCCGAGCAGCCCGCCCUGCCCAUGGCCAACGGCAACUUUCUCUCCACCCUCUCCCCCGAGCACUGCCGGCCGCUGGCCGGCGAGUGCAUGAACAAGCUCAAGUGCGGCGCCGCCGAAGCCGAGAUCAUGAACCUCCCCGAGCGCGUCGGCACCUUCUCGGCCAUCCCAGCGCUGGGCGGCCUCUCCCUGCCCCCCGGGGUCAUCGUCAUGACCGCCCUGCAUUCCCCCGCCGCGGCCUCGGCCGCCGUCACAGACAGCGCCUUCCAGAUCGCCAACCUGGCGGACUGCCCGCAGAGCCACGCCUCGGCCUCGCCCGCCUCCGCCCUGGGCGCCGCCGCUGGCGCGGGGGGCGGCGGAGGCGGCGGCGGCGGCGGCGGAGGGGGGGUCGGCGGCACCGGCGGCAGCGGGGCCGGGGCCGGGGCGGGCAAUCCCGCCAAGAAGAAGCGGAAACGCUGCGGGGUGUGCGUGCCCUGCAAGCGGCUCAUCAACUGUGGAGUCUGCAGCAGUUGCAGGAACCGCAAAACGGGACACCAGAUCUGCAAAUUUAGGAAAUGUGAAGAGCUUAAGAAAAAACCGGGCACUUCGCUAGAGGUCAGAGGAGAUGAUUUCUUUUUCCCCAGCCUCCCGCCGUCCCUCCUCAACCCCCUGCCUCCCCCCCUCCAGUGCUUCUUGUCUAGCUUCAAGAUGCAGCAUCCCUUUUCCGAGGCCUCCUUCAGGCUCUGA